CGAGGCGCCGCCGGCGCGCCAGCAGGAUGCAGGCCAUGGACACGGCCGCGGCGGAUUUGUACGAGGAGGAUGGCAAGGACCUGGCGGGCUACGACUUCGAGCCGCUCCCCACUCUGCCAGAGGACGAGGAGAACGUAUCCCUGGCCGACAUCCUGUCGCUGCGGGACAGUGGCCUCAGCGAGCAGGAGGCGUGGGCCGUGUGCCUGGAGUGCAGCCUGUCCAUGAGGAGCGUCGCCCACGCGGCCAUCUUCCAGACCCUGUGCAUCACACCAGACACUCUGGCGUUCAACACCAGCGGGAACGUGUGCUUCAUGGAGCAGCUCAGCGAUGACCCCGAGGGCGCCUUUGUGCCCCCCGAGUUCGAUGUGACCGGGAACACCUUCGAGGCUCACAUCUACUCUCUGGGGGCCACGCUGAAGGCAGCCCUUGAGUACGUGACUGAGCCCGAGCCGGAGCCCAGGCUGAGCCAAGACCUGGAGGCGUUGCUGAGCCAGAUGCAGGCGGAAGACCCUAGGGACCGGCCUGACCUCGAGAGCAUCAUAGCAUUGUGUGAAGAGAAGAUGCUCUUCACGUCCUCCUGCCGUCUGUGCCGGAGCCUCUCGGCCAUCGGGAGGAGGGUGCUCUCCAUUGAGUCCUUUGGAGCAUUUCAAGAUGUCACCGAGAGCGGCUGGAGCGGGAGACCUGCUGCAGGAGGCCUGGGGCCCAGGAAACAGCCGGGGGGCCGCGCUGCAGACCCAGAGUGCCUGCCCCAGCGCCCUGCCCCUGAAGCCCAUGGCAGCCCGGAGCAGUCUGCUGCUCUGCCCUCCAAGGCCCUGCUGUCAGCCCCUGUGAGAAACGGAGAGCGGCUGGCCAGCCUCAUCCUGGACACCCAGCGCCCCCUGGGUGACCUGGAGAGGAGCCGCCUGAGGAAGGUGCAGACAUUCCCCAGGCUCCUGCCCGACGGCCCUGAGGCCGGUACCCUCUGCCUGACGCUGACCCCCACCAAAAACCAGCCACCCAAAUCUGAAGUCUUCCCUCCAGACCCCAGGGAGGCCUUUCUAGAUGGGAAAAAUGGCCUUUCCAGCUACAAGUCACAGCCCAAGUCCAGACUGUGGCCAGAGCGGGAGCCCGAGCUCCAGCAGAGAGGACCUGGAGAUGCCAGCCGAAGCGGGGACAGGGUAUCUGGGGCACUGGGCUGGAGCCCUGUGGAGGAAAGCACCCCAUCCCGCUCCGAGGACCCCGGAGAUGCAGGCCCAGAGCCCAGGACUUCCAGGGCUGAUGAGGGGACUCCCGACAGAGCUGGGGAGCCGGCUAGUGCAGCAGGAGAGCAGGGCGUCUCCCUGCAGGAGCUCCUGUACCAGCUGGGCCGGCCCUUCAAGGAGUAUGAGCUCUGGGCUCUGUCCCACGCGUGUCUCACCGCUCUGCGCACUCACAGCGAGCACCCAGCCUACCUGUGCCUGGACUCUGUGCUGGUGGCCAAGGAUGGGGCUGUGCUCUUCAGCCCACCCCCUGCCAAUGGCACGUACGACACAUUUUUUCUGGCUCCUGAGGUUGCAGAGCAAGAACUGGUGACUGAGAAGGUAACUGGCCCUCCCCAUCCCUUCCUGCAGCUUCCUGCCCCCACAUCCCCAGUGGAGCCCCCCUUCUGCCCCGAGAGCCUGGCAGUGGGGAAGGAGGCAGGGUACCCUCCCCCAGAGCAGCGGGUCACAUCCAGAGCCCUGGCUCUCCUGGCCUGGGCAGCAUCCCCCUAG